CUCAAAAUUUUGCUCAAUAUUUGCCUAUUUUCACAUAUAUAUGUUAUGGGAUCACCACAAACCAAUACUUACUCCUGUAAAUGUGAUUGAUGAUCAUCUCCCCUUUAUCCAAACUCAUCAUUCCAUUUCCACUCCAUCAUCUCAUCAUUUUUCACCACCUAAACAAGCUGUCUUUCUCCCCAUUUGCACCUUCUACCAGAUAGAGAUAAUUAGAUGGGAUCUGAUGGGAAUAAAGAAGAAAAGAAUGAUUCAGACAGUGCGACAAACAGCGCUGCUGCGAAGGACGACGCGACGCCUGAUUUAGAGGGAAGUGUGAGCAGACAGCCUAGUGAAGCUAAUUCUUGUUACACAACCGAGGAUGAAGUAGAAGAAGUGCAGGUUCAGUUAGGGCCGAAACGGACCAUCAAAGAACAUCUUGAGACAGACAAGGAUGAUGAGAGCUUGAGGAGGUGGAAAGAACAACUCUUAGGAAGUGUGGAUGCUGAUGCCGUUCAAGAGGAUCAAGAACCAGAUGUAAAAAUACUGAACCUGACAAUCCUGUCUCCGGGGAGAUCUGACAUCGAGCUUCCAAUUCCGGAGGGUGGAAACCCAAAAGGGUUGUGGUUUACGCUCAAGGAAGGAAGCCGUUAUCGCUUGCGAUUCUCCUUCAAGGUCAGCAACGACAUCGUUUGUGGCCUCAAGUACACUAAUACUGUCUGGAAGGCUGGACUCAAAGUGGACAGCGCAAAAGAAAUGCUGGGGACCUUUAGCCCUCAGGUGGAGCCAUAUGUACAUGAAAUGGCCGAAGAGACGACUCCAUCGGGAAUGUUUGCUAGAGGAUCAUAUUCCGCAAAAUCAAAGUUUAUUGACGAUGACAACAAAUGCUACCUAGAGAUCAACUACACUUUUGAUAUCCAGAAGGAAUGGGCCACCCAGUAGUCUGAUAAAUCUCCCAAUUUAUGGUCAUGCACUUUUGCAAGAGGAAGGAUUUCGAGAAGCCCGGCCCACAACCACUACUCAAGUACUCAUCCUUAACAUUUUUGGUCUACUAUAUAUGUAUAUUUUUCCUUUGGUAUUACUUGAAUUUUUAUUAAUGUUUGCGAGUGUGUUCUCUUCAUUAGUUGUUGUUCUAGUUAAUUAUCCAAAAAAUAAAAAAAAGAAAAAAAAUACAAUUA